UGUGAAAACUAGAGAAGGAAAAGCUCAAGGAUAUCCCACUCCGGCCCCAGGCUUUUUAACCCGUCGGAAAUUUUUGAAAGCCUGAAGAAUUACGAAUCUACCACACACCUCAUCUCCUCCCACCGCCUAUUUCUUUAUCGAUGCGACCUCAAGAAAGCUCACUUCGACUUCUUUCUCUUUUCUUCCUUCUUCCUCUCAGUCUCUGAAGCUAUGGAACAAACAAAUCACCUCUUUUUCACGAUCUCUGCUCUCCUUUUCACCUUCUUCUCCUUCGCAAGGUCGCAGUCGUUCAUCGGAGUGAACUACGGCGAGGUGGCGGACAAUCUUCCGGCGCCGGAGGCGACGGCGAAGCUCCUCAAGUCGACGAGCAUCUCGAAAGUCCGGCUCUACGGUGCCGACCCGGCCAUGCUCCGAGCCCUCGGCGGCACCAACAUCUCCGUCGUCAUCGGCGCCGCCAACGGCGACAUACCCUCCCUGGCCUCCGACCCUGCCGCCGCUUCCCGCUGGGUCGCAGCCAACGUCCUCCCCUUCAUCCCCGCCACCGACAUCUCCGUCAUCGCCGUCGGCAACGAGGUACUGAACUCCGGCGACGCCUCCCUCGCCGCCCAGCUAAUUCCGGCCAUGCAGAACCUCGCCACGGCCGUCGCCGCGGCGGCCCCGAACUCCAACAUUAAGGUCUCCACCGUCAACAUCAUGGCCGUCCUCGCCCAGUCGGAACCCCCCUCCUCCGGCGCCUUCCACUCCGAUCUUACCACCGGCCUCAAAGGAAUCCUCCAAUUCCUCACCAAGACCAAAUCCCCCUUUAUGAUCAACCCCUACCCCUACUUCGCCUAUCGCGACGAUCCCCGCCCCGAAACCCUAGCUUUUUGCCUAUUUCAACCCAAUUCCGGCCGGUACGACCCUGGAUCCAAGAUCACGUACACCAACAUGUUCGACGCCCAGGUCGACGCGGUGAAGUCGGCGCUCAAGGGGCUGGGGUUCCCGGAUGCGGAGAUCGUCGUAGCCGAGACCGGGUGGCCGUACCGCGGCGACUCCGACGAGGUCGGCGCGACGGUGGAGAACGCGAGGGCCUUCGUCGGGAACCUGGUGUCCCACCUGAGAUCCAUGAACGGGACGCCGCUGAUGCCCGGGAAAUCCGUGGACACGUAUAUCUUCGCGCUUUACGACGAGGAUCUCAAGCCCGGGCCGACGUCGGAGCGAUCCUUCGGCCUCUUCCGACCGGAUCUCACCAUGACCUACGACGCCGGCCUCUCCAAGUCUGGCUCCACCGCGCAGGGGAAUUCGUCAUCGGCGGGGGCGCCGGCGAAGGGGUCGCCGGCGGCGGCGACGGCGGGGUGGUGCGUGCCGAAGGAGGGGGCGACGGAUGAGGAGUUGCAGACGAAUCUGGACUACGCGUGCGGGCAGGCGGGGGUGGACUGCGGGCCGAUCCAGCCGGGAGGGGCGUGCUACGAGCCGAACACGGUGCGGUCGCACGCGGCCUACGCCAUGAACCAGUUGUACCAGAUGUCCGGCCGGAACCCUUGGAAUUGCGACUUCCAGCAGUCGGCGACGCUCACGUCGGCGAAUCCCAGUUAUUCGACGUGUGUGUACCCGGGAAGCCAGUGAUGGGAAGUGGCAGGGGAGAAAGGUGUUCGCUGGAGGGAAGAAUAAAAGCUGGCCUUCCUUUUUCUUUUAGCUUUUCUAAGAGAGAUGGUGCGUUCCUUGGUGGUGGAGGUGGUGGGUUAUUAGGAGGAUUCGACUCGUGUUUCUUCCUUCGCACGGAAAUGGGUGGAAUAAUAAAAAGGAGGGGAGGAGGUUCGUCCAAUAAUUGAUCUUGUGGGCCUGCGUCUGUUUCCCUUCCCCGCUGGUUCUGGUUGGCAUUUGUUUCUGUUGUCCGGAAAAGUUUCAGUACUAUAUAUACGUGUUUGUAAACUAGAUUGUGGUGUGGUUAUGCUGACCCCACUGUGUAUAAUUAGAAAGCUAUGUGAAAGUAGGGAGACAUACCCCUCUAUCUGCGAGUUGUGUUGGGGUCUCGAUGUAUGUGUGUAUUAUCUAGAUUCUAAUACAUUAACUUUCAAUCAAGCUAUCAUGCAUCAUACUUGUUACU